AUGAGGUUUUUCGCCAGCUCAAUGCUGGCCGCUGUGGCCGUCAUCUCCGACGUGGUGCACGCAGCAGAACCUUCCUGCAAUAAGCCUCCCGUCAAAUCAUGCUCGCUGGCGAUCCAGAGCACAAAGACCCGGACGGCUUCUCUGACGAGCUUUUGCUCCUCGGUGCUCGGCUGCAAGGCCACUACAACCACGCUGACUGGGGGUUCGACGAUUACUGUGACAAAGACGAUCACGACCAUCGAGACCUAUACAGAGGAAGAGAUUGUCAGCGAGGAAUAUGAGACUACUACUUUCGACCAUACUGAGACUACAUACACCGAGGUCGCCACCGAAACAUCCCGGCCGACGUGGACUGUUGAGAAAUUUGUCAUCACUACCAAGAAAGCGGGAGCGCGUGGGGUUGAGGAUGGCACCCGACAUCCGAAGGACCUGCGCGCCGGAUCGACGUCAAUCUGCCCUCCGGCCGACGAGACAAAAGCUUGCUCUUGCCUGAUUGGUGGCUGCGCACCUCCAGUCACCAAAGACAACAGGCCAACAAAGACCGUCAGAACUACUGACACGUCCUACCUCUUCACAACCAAAGGCAUCACGUACACAAACAUCAUAUAUGAACCCAUUUUACACACCGAUACGAUAAGCUACACAUAUACCGAGAUAAGCGGCUACCUUUCCACGCACACAACGACCAUCAAAUGCACGCCGGGGGCAACAUCUUCAGCGACCUCUUUCUCAAUCGAAGCUGCCUUUACGAGCGACAUUGACCAAGCAACCGUGUAUUCAAUUGACGACCAAGGGCGCCUCAUCAGCCGUCACCUCAACGGGACACACUUCGCCAACGUAGAUGGUUACAAUGACUUCCAGCUCGUGCAUAUGAUGACCCGUGACGAGGUCCAGAGGCGGGGAUACGACUACUUGCGGUGCUCGAUGAAGCCUCCAAGCGGCAAGUAUCCGGGCGGAUUCAAGGAAUUGUACUGCCUUGCCGACGGAGGUGUGUGGCAACGGGAUAUCUGGAAUUACUGUCCGAUCUACAAGGAGUGGUUCAACGCGCCACUGGUCCUAGGGGACGAGUGGUCUGAGACGGCACCGGAUUGCUUUGCCAUAGUGUUCUUGAUCAAGCCGGUGUGCGGCUGGGUCUAG